GGACAGGUGACUGAUGACUCCGCAUCUGUGAUUGGUCACUUGCAACACCCAGUCUUUAAUCACCUGCCACCUUCCUCUUUGCCGAAGAGUCAUCAAGAUGUCGGAGAAAAAAGAGGAAGAAUUACAGGAGGCAGCGCGACGGGUGAUGUCACUGCUGCAAAGCGCCCUAUCUCAGCCAGCAGCCAGAGACAGAGUUUCUGCAGAUUUUGCAAACCAGCCGCACACUAGUAGGCAAGAAGUUCCACAGCAGAAAAACACUUUGGAGCAAAACAUGGCAAGAUCCUUCCCAGGACUGUUUGUGAAAAAUCUGGGGAAAAAAGUGACUGGGAAAAGGGGACCACAUUCUACUGUUACUGACAUGAAAAGAAGACUCAGUACUGUCAAGUGUUUUCCAGUACAGUUCUACCUUGUUAACAAAUAUAUGGAGAAGACACCAAAAGCUGUAGAUGAAUUAACUCUUCUACAGUCAGGGAUGGGUCGAAGAACCAUCAGUAUCACAGAUGAUGCUGACCAUUCAUGGUUGUCUACAAAACUUGAGGAGACAUACUCUAAAAUGGCUGAUUUGAAGGGGGCAUGGAUGUUGUAUAAGGCUGUUGGUGGAUCUGGACAAAGAGAAUUGUGUAUUGUACCGCCUGAGGCAGAAGGUUAUACAGGUGCUUACCUCAAUACAGUUGCACGUGGGAAGUCAACACUGUACAUAGUACCAAUCCAAGGAACUCUUGAUACUUCACCUCUCCCCUACACUGCAAAGGAGUUUGAAAAAAUGCCAAAAGCAGCAUGCGAUAUGUGUUCAGAAAACAUGCCAGUCCAGUUAUUAGCGGCACAUGUGGCAUCUUGCAAGACGACUUGUUUGUCUUCCCCAGAUAACAGUCCUGCCAUGGAAGUUAUUGUGCAAAACUUCCCAGAUGACACUCCUUCUGUUGACACAUCUGUGACAGACUCCAGCAAUUUAGAUCUUCCUUCAUGUUUCAAGGGUUCUGAGAAAACAGCCUGUCCCAUUUGUGAGCAGUUUUACCCCAGUGACUUUGUGGAAAUCCAUGCAAGCUACUGUGGUGAAAGAUUUUGUGAUGAAACAGAGGCCAUCGACUUUGUAUAAAAAAAAAGUGAUGAAACGGAGAUCUAUCCAAA